AUGGUGGCGGCUGCGCCGUGCUCUCUCUGCAACUCCAAAGACAUCGACCCAGAACAACUCGCGAGGCUGGCACAGGAGCCGAGACUGACUACCAAGACGAUCACCGACUUAGGCCGAGCCCAGCAGACUUCACUUGUUCUUCGUCUGCUUGCGCAGCUGCAACAUGUUCGCGGUGAGGUGAAUAUUUUCCACUACAACGCGGCUCUCAACGCCUUGGCUACUAGAAAUUCAUGGCCGCGAGCGCUCAGCACAUUGUUCCUCCUGUGUCGCAGGCAGCUGGCAGACAAGACAUCUUUCAGUGCAACUAUCACCGCCUGUUCUUCGGAAAGGUGGCCAAUGGCUUUCUCAUUAAUCAGCAGACAUUCCUUGGUGUGUUUGGAGUGUGACAUAGUAGCUGUGGGUGCAGCUGCUGCAUGUGGGGUACCGUGGCCCAGAGCCUGGUGGCUUCUGGCCAGCCUGCAGGUCAAGCAGGUGCAAGCGAAUGUGGUGGCCUGCAGUGCGCUGAUGGCCUCCUGCGAGCAGUCUGGUGCUUGGGCGAGGGCGAUACACGGCUUUCGCGACAUGCAGCUCAUCGGAGUACAGCCAAACGUGGUGACAUAUUCAACAACCACCAGCUCCUACAACACAGCCUUCCUUUGGCGUGCAGCGGCACAAAUGGUAGGUACGUGUCUGAGUGCUCGAGAAGUUCGUGUCGGAGCAGGAGGUUCUCGAACGGUGGUUUGCAACUCUGCACUUGGUGCUCUGUCCAAGAGUCGGCAAUGGCUGGAGGUCUUCAACGUACUGCAUGACAUGAGGCUUUGUACACUACAGACAAGCCGAGUGAGCUUUAGCUUGGCAGUAGACUGCUGCCAGGCCAAGCAGUGGCGGAAGGGUGUCGGCAUUCUGGAGCACAUGCGCCUGAACGACAUUCCUCUGAAUGAAGUGAGUGCCUGUGUUGCCAUCCAGUCCUUGGCCAGUGCAUCUCUGCAGGGAUCAACUUGGCGCUCUGUCUUGGUGUUCUUGCGAAGACUGGAAUCCGCUUCUGUUGAGCUCGAUCACUUCAGCUUAAAUGCAGUGCUUGGCGUGUGUGAGCCAAGCGGUGCGUGGACGCUUACGCUGAGCCUCUUCGCCAGCUUUUUUUCUCAGCGGUUUCAGCCUGAUGAUGUCAGCUACAUGUCAAUGCUUUGCUCAUUGUCUGACAAGCCAAGCUUGUCUCGUCGCUGGCUGCAUGCAGCCAACCUUCUUGGCAGGCACGUGGCAUUGUGA